UGACGAUUGUUUACACGAUGGCGUCCGGCGGUGAAAACGCGACUGAGGAACGGACAGAAGCGUCAACGCCGGCUCAACCCGUCGCCAAUGCCGUAUCCGAGACAACUCACAAAGUAAUAGGGAUGGAUAAGGAUGGCGAUCUGUCUGGCAUACCAGCAAAGAAACCUCGCGUCGAAGUACAAUCUCUUCCAACCAGACAGUAUUUAGAUCAGACAGUAGUGCCGAUAUUGCUGCAAGCGUUAUCCUGUCUGGCCAAAGAGAGACCUGCUGACCCCAUAAGCUUCCUUGCUGGUUAUUUAUUAAGAAACAAGAGUCAAUACGACAGUGGCGGUUCACCGCCGACUAGUCAGUGAAUGCUUCCACGCGUGUUUUAUGGAAAUGAAUAUUUCUUCGUAAGAAACUUUUGUUUUUUGGUUCUCUUUAAACACAUAUUUAUGAUAAACACAUGCUUUUGUAUUUUCGUAUGGAAUAAAAAUGUGUUAGCUUUUUACUGUAGGGACGAUAGUGAUCUUUUGCCAAGAUAAUAUGAUGUUGUUCUGAGAAAUAUAAUGUUGAUUAGUAUAUUUUAAAUAUUCAAAUUAUUCAAAAUAAAUAUUAUCAACUUUUUCUGUACAAAGGCAACAUCAAAAUUGUCCUAAUUGCAAUAGUUAUAACAUUGCUUUCAAAGCAGUGAACAUGAAAACGUCUUCUGUUGGAAAGAGUUAGUCUAAUUUUUCUAUGCAAAUUUAAAUAAAGAAAAUUAAAGAAA